UCUGCUAUGAAAUGAAUGGUAAAACGAUUGUCACUAUUGUCAGAUUGGAUUGUCAACUGACAAAUUCACAUAAAAAAUUUAAAUUGGCAGUCAAAAUCAAAAUAGAAUAAAAUUUUUGCUAUUCAUGCAUUAUAUUUCAAAAAUCUUAAAGCACAGGAAGCUAUUUCUUUACCAUAUCCAGAAAAGUAUGUCAUUCAGUUAUCCAGAUGUUCAAAGAGAUGAAACAGUCAAAGACAACUACUUCGGAACAGAGGUGUCAGAUCCCUACAGAUGGUUAGAAGACCCAGAUUCUGAAGAAUCUAAAGCUUUUGUGGAUGCUCAAAAUGCAAUUACUAGACCAUUCAUAGAUGCUUGUCCCUACAAGGAACAAAUCAAGAACAAAAUCACCAAUCUCUGGAACUACCCCAAAGUGUCUACACCAUACCAUCAUGGUGAUAAAUACUACCAGUACAGGAAUACUGGUUUACAAAAUCAAAGUGUGAUAUAUGUUCAAGAUGAUUUAACUAGUGAAGGAAAUGUGUUUCUUGAUCCAAAUACUUUCUCUGAAGAUGGCACAGUUGCUUUAUCUGGAACAGCAUUUUCUGAAGAUGGUGGAAUAUUUGCUUAUGGCCUGAGUGCAAGUGGGUCAGACUGGAUAGAAAUCAAAUUUCGGGAUGUCAAAACAGGAAAAGAUUAUGAGGAAGUUUUGAAGAAAGUCAAGUACUCUCCAAUGACCUGGAUGCAUGAUAAUAAAGGUUUUUUCUAUGGGGGAUAUUUGCUGCAAACUGGAAAAACUGAUGGUUCAGAAACUAAAUCAAGUGAGAACCAAAAGUUGUAUUACCACAGAUUAGGCACAGAACAAUCUGAAGAUGUUAUGACUGUGGAGUUUGAUGAUCUCCAGCUCAGAAUGGGCGCUCAAGUGAGUCAUUGUGGUAAUUACUUGAUAGUAACACCUAUAAAAGGUUGUAAAAACAAUUUGUUAUAUUUCACAAAACUAGAAACCACUGGUAGAAUCUAUAAGAAACUUGAUUUGACACCAAUAGUGACGGAAUUUGAGGCUGAUUAUGAAUAUGUAACAAAUACUGGUACAAAGUUUGUUUUUCGAACAAACAAGAAUGCAUCAAAUUAUAGAUUGAUAGUUAUUGAUUUAGAAGAUCCAUCUGAAACCAAAUGGGUAGAUCUAAUACCAGAGCAUCCCAAAGAUGUCCUUGAUUGGGCACAUAUCAUCAACACCAAUAUGAUUGUCCUUUGCUACCUCAAAGAUGUUAAGAAUAUUAUGGCUAUUCAUGAUUUGACUAGUGGUAAGAAAAUUCAUGAUUUUAAGCUGGAUGUCGGAACAAUAUCGGCAAUUUCCGGUAAACGUUACCAUAAAGAAAUGUUCUACAGUUUCUGCUCAUUCUUAACGCCAAAUAUUAUUCAUAGGGUCAAUUUUGAUAAUGAAACUAUUAGAGAAACAGUAUUUCAUGAAACUAAAGUUGGGAAUCUGGAUUCAUCCAACUAUGAGACAAAACAAGUAUUUUAUAAAAGCAAAGAUGGAACUGAUAUUCCCAUGUUUAUAGUCAGCAAAAAGGGAAUGGUGAAGGAUGGAUCUAAACCUUGCCUGUUGUAUGGAUAUGGUGGCUUCAAUGUCAAUUUGACACCUUCAUUUGGAGUCAGCAGAUUGAUUUUCAUCAAUAAUUUUGAUGGAAUUUUUGCUCUAGCAAAUAUUCGUGGGGGCGGUGAAUAUGGUGAUUAUUGGCACAACGGAGGUAGAUUUGAGAAGAAACAAAAUUGUUUUGAUGAUUUUCAACACGCGGCGAAAUACCUCGUGAAAGAGAAAUACACAACUGUCGGAAAACUAACAAUUCAAGGAGGCUCUAAUGGGGGACUUCUGGUAGCCGCUUGUAUCAAUCAAACGCCAGAAUUAUUUGGCGCUGCAAUAUGUCAAGUCGGAGUCUUAGAUAUGUUACGUUAUCACAAAUUUACUAUUGGCUAUGCUUGGAAAUCAGACUAUGGAUGUUCAGAAGAAGAGGACCAGUUUGAGUAUUUGUAUAAAUACUCACCAUUACAUAAUAUCCAAAUACCCAAAGAGGGGCAGUAUCCAGCGACCCUGCUUUUGACAGCUGAUCAUGAUGAUAGGGUGGUACCACUACACUCAUUGAAAUUCAUCUCGGAGUUGCAGUAUAGAGUCGGAAAAGCACCGUCACAGAAAAAUCCCUUGCUAAUCCGUAUCGAGACUAGAGCUGGGCAUGGAGCUGGGAAACCUACCUCGAAAAUUAUCGAAGAAAUCACCGAUUAUUUUUGUUUCAUCUCCAGAACUUUGUCUCUGAAAUUUGUCAAUUAGCAUUCAGGUAUUUUGAGGCAAUUUAUUUUGUGAAAAUUUUCUGAAAGCAUAAGAUUUAGGCAUCGAUAAAUGUUUUUGCGGUUUGGAGAAAAUCAAUCAACUGUUCACCAUUGGUGAAUUUGUUAUUAUUAGAGAUACAACAUUACUUAGCAAACAAUCAAUUUUUUAAAGCUUUUUCAGUGAAAAAAAAAUUGGGCAUCACGUUUCGGAAUUGUGUACGAAUAUUUCCGAUUCUUUUUAUAAAUUUUUUUCUUGGAAUUUUAGAUAACAAAAAGGAAUUUUCUUCUAGUUAAAAAUGCUGAUAGUUUGGUAAUUCAAUGUCUGGGGACACUUGUAUUUUUAAAUUUCUACAGAAUAUGACCUUGAAAGAACAAUAACAAAUAAUGCGCGGUUUUGUUGUAUCGAUUUUUAUGCAAUGCUAGCAAAAUUUCCUCAAAUCAAAUGUCGUUCAAUCAUCGAAUAUUCAUACAUACCAGAUAGCCAAAAGUUACAGGGGUGGCUCAGUUCUCAUUGCCACCCGGUAUAUAUCCCAUACAGAAUUCUAUUUGAUGAAUUUUUAUACCAUGUUCAUAAUUUCUAGAACCAAUCAUCAUUGGAAAGAUUGAGAAUAUAAUUAUAAUUGAUUUUAUACAUCCCCAAUUUCAUCAAUGAUUCAACAAAUUUAUGGAAUGGGUGAUCAUCAUGAUAUACAAGAAAUAUUUAUUGACAUUCAACAAAGCUAUUCAAUGAUAAUGUAUCAUUCAGCACCAGUGAUAUCCAAAGUAUGUAGAUAAAAAUUAAUUUCUAAUUGGUUGAGACCAGUCCUUGAUGAUAAAUCUUAUUAAAUUGAUUACAUUUACUGUUAUAUCGAAUCAUAUUUCACGUUUUAAUUGAAGAACUGAUAUUCAUUAUUUUUGUAACAUCUAUAAUCAUAUUUUAUUAAUUCAAUGUAUAUAAAUAUUUCAAUUUUGAACAUUAAUUGAUUAUCUGUUUUAUGUUAAUUAUUUGUUUUGUAUAUACGGGAAGAUUUCAGUAAAGGUAGAAUGCAGCACC